AUGGUCCAGCCGGCGGGGGACGGCGUCCAGCUUCUCUAUGCUUCGAUAGUGCUGCUUGUCCUAACUUGGCUCACCUUCAUCCUCAGGAUAUCAGUGCGGUUUUGGAGAAAUGCCUCGGGCUGGGACGAUAUAUUAAUGUUUAUAGGCCUCCUUCUCUUCACAGUGACAGCUUCCCUAUGCAUUGUCUGCUGCUAUCUCGGAUCUGGUCAGCUUGCUGUCAAUCUGUCUGCGAGUGAUAGAAUGCACGGGACCAAGAACUUUUUCAUCGCCGAGUACUUCUACUCCUCUAGCACUGUCUUCAUCAAGAGCAGCAUCGCCAUAACUCUUUACCGGAUUGCCGAUGCCCGCCGUCGUUAUAAGUGGACUAUUUGGGCCGUCAUAAUCGCCACGGCUGUUUCCGCCAUCGUCUUCAUAGUCGGCAUUUCCAAUAUUUGCCAUCCCAUCACUACUCUAUGGGGCGAAACUACUACCGGUUCAUGUAAUCUCGAGUUGAAUAGCGAUGUUAGCUUCUUCUUUUCUGCUAUCGAGAUUAUAACAGAUUGGACUUUGGCAGUUUUGCCUGCGGCCUUGUUGUGGAAUAUUCAGAUGAAGAGCAGGGUCAAGUUCUCAGUGGCUAUAAUUCUUGGCAUGGGUGCUUUUGCAAGCUGCGCGACAAUCGUCCGACUUCGCUAUCUAACUCUCUACAGCAACCCCACAGAAUUCAUGUUCGGCACCGGCAAGAUCGGCCUUUGGUCCAUUAUCGAAGAGGGCAUUGGCAUCAUCGCAGGCUCGCUGCAUGCUCUUCGCCCUCUCCUCUCUCUCCCCAUCUUCGGCGGCACUUCCAGUGGUGGCACUUCGGGUUCCUCUUCGGCCAAUAAAUUCAUGUCUUCAAGGAGUGGACAUCAAGAUAGGCGUGCGGAUAUCAACAUGGAUACGUUUCAGCAGCUGGGAGAUACAGAUGGAGAUGGGGAAAGCUCUAAACACAUUUUAAAGGAGACGAAAGUUACAAUGACAAGAAGCAAUCGAGCGAUUUCGCCAGGAGCGUAUGAUCGAAGCCAAGUCCUGGGGUGGAAGCAGAGCAAUUAUGAGAGUUGAUUGAGAAUUAAUAUCUGUUCGAAUAGCAAAUGAUUCUUUAAUAGAGUUACAGAAAGAAAAAUCAGUUGCUGGUUUAGCUUUAUUUUCAAAAUGGUCACAG